AUGGACCACUAUGAAGCAACCACGACCAUUUGCAAAAAGCUGUUAAACAAAUUCGGUAAUGUGGAAAUUGAAGAGAUUUGCUCUCUAUUUAUGCAACAAUUUUCAAGAGCAACUUUGCCAUAUUUAAACGAGAUCGAAGCUAAUCACAGAAGUUUGAUGUUAGCAAUUGAUAAUGAUGGAAAUAGAGUUCAACGGGGACUAGGGCAAGCCUUCAGGCGUAUGGCCAACGUUCUGUAUGGUGUAUGCUCGAAGAUUAAUGUUGAAUUCAUUCUAAAUCAAAUAUCAGAACUAAACCGAAGCAAAGGACCUAGCAUAAGCAAUAUUUCAGAAAAGACCAGAUUCCUACAAGCAGAAGCAAACUCUACACAACAAUUAGAACUUCAACAGCAAAAAUUAGAACAAAACCUCCAGUACCUACAAGAACAAACAAAUACUACUAUCCAAAACCUUAAUAAACUGGUGUUCCGAACAAAAGUAUUAGAACAAGCAUUACUAUUUGAACUGGUAUUGAAUAAGUACGCUUAUGAAACGCAGAACCUUAUCUCUAUAAUAAACACAGCCUUAGAUGGUAAAAUUCACACUAGUGUAUUUACUCCGCAACGCAUUAUUAAAGAACUUCUCGAAAUUAAAGUAGACUUGCCAAUUGGAAAUACUUUUCCGUUGGAUAUUAAUACAGAAUCUCUUAAUGAUAUCCUCCGAAUCUCUGAAAAAACUAUAUUCUUCAAAGAUAGCUAUCUUAUCUACGUAAUAGAAAUUCCACUAAUUUCCAGUGAAGAAUAUAGUAUAUAUCACCCGAUACCUUUACCCAUACCCCACAGUAAACAAGCCAUCUUCUUAGUCGACCCUGAAAUAGAUUAUUUAGGUGUGAGUAGAGACAACGAAAAUUUUAUCGCUUUAGACAACGGAAAGUGGGAAGAAUGUAUAACAUUAAAACCUUAUAAAGUUUGUAGAGGUAAUCAUCAUAUCCAACAUUGUGCAGGAGCAGAAGUAUGCGUAGUUUCAUUACUAGUCAAUAACCAACUUAAUCCCGACCAUUGCAAAUUUAAAUUCGUUUCCUUAAAAACCCCUAUAUGGCAUCAGUUGGUGCAAACUAAUUCAUGGAUCUAUUAUACCCAACCGGAAUUAGGUAUCAUCACUUGCACAAAUCCAAUAAAAAAUUCUAAGAUCGAAAUUGAGGGCGUAGGUAGAAUAACUAUACCUCCAUUUUGUAAAAUAAAUUUCAGAAACUCUAUAUUAUUUUCUAAUAAUAAAGCCAGCAGGGAUAUGGAUUCAGAUAUUAUACCAGAAAAUUCUAGAAAUGAACUGUUACACGCACUCUCAGACAGAGUUACAACAAUUAUUCCUCAGAACCUCCCUAAUAAAAUUCUAAUACGAAAUUUGAACCAAGUGACUAACAACGCAGUUGAGUUAAAUGAACUUUCACAUACCUUGGCUGAACCUUUCCUAAUUUUCAAUAUCAAAGUUUAUAUUAUUAUUGUCAUUUUUAUUAUGUUAACACUAACAAUAUUAACAACUAGUAUAUUAAGUUUUAGAUUAAGAAAAAAAGUCAUAAAAAUAUACAACCCUGAAAUACCAGAAACAGAACAGUCUAAUGGUAUUCAGGAAGACACAAAAGUUGAGGAAAAGAAAUUGAGAAAACUCCUGAGUGAAGUCGAACUAGGCGACAGGAAACCAUCGGCGCUAUUGAAUGAGAUGCAGAGCUUAAGUGGUAAUGCACUGAGUUCAGAAUUACUUAAAUCGCUUUGGUUACAACAUCUGCCGGUGGCCACACAGUCCUGCCUUGUCGUCACAAACGGUACCGUUGAAGAGUUAUCUAAGUUGGCUGAUAAAAUCGUAGAAAUAGGACAACCACGGUCAGUCGCAGUAGUUUCAAGUGAUUCGACAGCUGAGUUACUAAAACAAUUAAUUAAAGAUGUUGAGGAACUCAAGAUAGAACGCCUUUCCAGAAGAGAAUAUGGUAAAUAG